GAGGGAGUUUCUAGUGGCCAGCUGGAUUCGUCCAAAACAUAUUCGUGAUACUCUCCUCGGGGAUUUUAAAAUGAAAAUGUAAACUUUAUGCAUUUUCCCUGAGCAAAUAUACAUAUUUCCAGAGAGGUACCCAGGGUUUAUUUGUGUGAUACCCCAAAGCGUGCUGUUAAUUAUCUACAAAUUGAGGUAAAGGAAACGAGGAGGUGUCACCAAGGUCUAAAAUAUUUCGGAAUGGGACGCGGCCGACAGGAUUCAAGCCGCUCUUGUAAUCACGACGCUGCAACAAGGAAAAAGUAUCAAACAGGAGAAGGAUACAAUCAUAUUUCCCUUUAAAGAGGGCGUCAGGAGAGAGAAAGGAGGAAGUGGAGAUAAACCUGCUCGCAGUCACUGUUUGGUUCACUUUAAUGACAACACGAGCUUCCGCAGGCUCCCACGGACACUACGGUUUCACUCCUCCGGGCAGAUGAGAGGGCAGCGAUGAACAAUGUGUGGUAGACAAACCUAGGCUGCGUGGCUCACUGAAACAAACCCAGUCUCUCUAUUGUCUAACCCCGGCCGUCCAAAAAAAUGGGGCAUCCUCCACUGGAGUUCAGUGACUGCUAUCUGGACAGUCCUGACUUCAGGGAGACUCUGAAGUGUUAUGAAGUGGAUCUGGAUAGGACCAGCAAAUUUCUCAAAGAGUUGAUAAAAGAUGGCAACAGUGUGAUCACUACAAUCAAGGGUUAUUCUUUGGCAGUACAGAAGUUUUCCCAGACUCUUGAUAUGUUCCAGUUUGGCGUCAUUGGAGAUUCCCUGACUGACGAUGAGAUUAACAUCGCUCAGUCAUUUCAGGAGUUUGCGGGACUUCUGCAGGAAGUGGAGCAUGACCGGAUGAUGUUGGUUCAGAACGCUUCAGAUCUGCUCAUCAAGCCGCUGGAGAAGUUCAGAAAGGAACAAAUAGGGGUAACAAAGGAAAAGAGAAAGAGGUUUGAGAAGGACAGUGAAAAGUAUUACUCCCAGGUGGACAAACACCUGAAUCUGUCUUCUAAGAAGAAAGAGAGUCAACUACAAGAGGCUGAUGAGCUCCUGGACAGAGAGCGUGUAAACUUCUAUGAAUCCUCAGUGGACUACGUUUAUCAGAUCCAUCAGGUGCAGGACAGGAAGAAGUUUGAUGUGGUGGAGCCGGUGCUGGCCUUUCUUCACAGCAUUUUAACGCUCAACAACCUGACAGUGGAAAUGACUCAGGACUUCAUGCCUUACAAGCAAGAACUGCAGCUCAGCUUGCAGAAUACAAGAAACAACUAUGAAAGCACUCAAGAGGAGAUGGAGGAGCUCAUGAAGAGGAUGAAACACCCAUCUCAGAUCUGUAAAAUGCACAGUUUUCUGCCCACAGAGGGUUAUCUGUACUGCCAGGAGAAGUGGGCUUUGGGCAUGACAUGGGUGAAAUAUUAUUGCAAGUAUCUCAAGGAGGGGAGACUGCUGUUCAUGGUGCCCUGUGAUCAGAAGACUACAACUAAACAGGGCCCCACGCAGCUGACGCUGAAAUCCUGCUUUCGCCGGAAGACUGAGUCCAUCGACAAGCGUUUCUGCUUUGACGUGGAAACUAAUGAGAGAAACGCACCAGUCACUUUCCAGGCUCUGUCUGAGGGAGACAGGAAGUUGUGGAUGGAGGCCAUGGAUGGAAAAGAGCCUAUCUAUCAUUCCCCAAUCCACAAGCAAGCUGAAAUGGAACUGAAUGAAACUGGAUUCAAGUUUGUGCGGAAGUGCAUCAACUAUAUUGAAACAAAAGGAGUCACUCAAGAAGGAGUGUACAGAACUGUUGGCAGCAACAUCCAAGUGCAGAAGCUUUUAAACGCCUUCUUUGACCCCACAAAUCCAGGCGACGUGGAUCUCCAAAGCAGUGACUCAGAUAUCAAAACCAUCACAAGCGCUCUGAAGUUUUAUCUGAGGAGCUUGUCUGAACCUCUGAUGACCUACAGUCUACACAGAGACCUCAUGUGUGCUGCAAAGUCAGACAACCUGGACUUCAGACUGAGUGGGAUUCAUUCGCUCACUUACAAACUACCAGAGAAGAAUCGGGAGAUGUUGGAGAUUCUUAUUAAACACUUGGUCAAUGUGUGCAGUCACAGUGAAGACAACCGAAUGACUCCUUCAAACAUGGCUGUCAUCUUUGGACCCACACUAAUGAGAGCGAAGGAAGAGACUGUGGCGGCCAUGUUGGAUAUUAAGUUCCAAAACAUUGUUGUGGAGAUCCUGAUUGAAGACUACAAAAAGAUCUUCAGUAAUAUGCCAGAGGACAGCAACAGCUCCGCCCCACCUGUCCCUCCCCCGCGGAUCACCCCGAGAAAGCGACAACCCAUCACAAUCUCCAAGCGGCCACCUCGUGUUUAUCAAGCUCUUAGUCACCACCUCUUUCAGCACACAGAGAAUGGAGAGAGCGACAGCCCUGUCCCGGAUGGGGAAGUCUCACCGAGUCCAGUUCCACUUCAGCGAACAAAACCUUUAAGCAGUGCUCCACAGGUUCCAAGAGAACCUCCUCCAAGACAAGCGCUAAUGCCCAGAACAGCCAGCCGUAGGGACAGAAAACCAGACUCUGACCUUGGCAAGACAGACAAUACAAGGCAAGGGCCAGAUUCUUCUUCUUCUACAGCGGCAAAUGGGGAGUCUGGAGUCUAUGUUAGCAGAGUGCCAUCCUUCCAGAGCCGGAAACCACUUCCUAAAGUCGCAUCAGCCAAUAGAGAAGGAGAUUCUGAAGGCUUGAGCAGAACAAGAUCCACAGAGAAACAUGCAAUUUGUAGACCCCCGGUGAGGCCACCUGAGCCCCCCUCCAGAGCACCCGCUCCACAGAAGCCCCCCAGUCCAGCCAGCAGCGAGAGCACAAACACAUCCUACGUUGCCUCCAAAACAAAGUUUUUUGAGAAUGCCUCCAGAAAAGUUGGCAGUCCACCAGCCUCCCCGUCGCCUUCAUCAGUGACGCAAUAUAAAAAAGAGAAUUAAAGCUAAGAAGAUUAUAUGGCAGCCGCAUUUCGUGACCGCCACAAGUGACUGCGAGUGAGCAACAAGCAACAAGGAGUCACUGCAGAUCUUCUCGGUAAAUCUCGGUUUAUUGGAUGGACCAAGAAAAGAAGAGAACGGUUGUAUCUAAUUUUUACCAGUAAGACCAGUGUUGAAAGUCAACCCCAUUGCAAACCAACUUUUGAAUGAGUUUGCAAAGUACUUGACUCUGUGUUUGAUCCUUAUUCCAAAGCGAGGAGAAAGAAAAAGCAACCUUUGCCCUUUUUGGAUUUCAGUUAAAGUCACUAAUGAUUGUUUUAGUUGUCAGUGUUGAAAGUUUAUCUUAGUUUUACCUAACCUAUUCUCUUCUUGUAAAAUAGUCCUCCCUGUGAAGACUAAUGAAAAUGACACAACCAUUUAAUCGUUUUUAAUUUGGAUAUAUGAAAAAAAAAGUGUUAGUAUUAACUCCUUGUUUUCACACAUACACCAGGUCAUGAAACUAGAUUAAGCUAAUUGAAUUACUCUUUGGAUGUAGCUUAAGGAAGCUAUUUUAGUUAAUCAUGUCAUAAGAAAUAUUGAGAUCAAAUUUUGAAUCAUUAAUGUAAUUUCCAAUAUGAAGAGAAACAUCCCUUUUGGAGCGGCAUUACUAAAAAGUAUUUUGCUGUAAAGUGUCUGCCUGUAUUCCAGUACAUGUAGUUUGGAUCUACAUAAUUCAUUUGUAUAUUAUUGUUAAAAAAAUGUCCAACUGGUUUACAUUCCCAUACUUCAGGAUUUGGUGUCACUCGCUUAUACCUACUGUGUUUCGGCGGGCACAGACAGGAGGCUCUGUUAAGUUUACCUGAAUCUGUUGAACCUCAAAUAAAUUGCUGGGAUUGAACAGCAAAAAGUGAUUGUUACAAUAUGUGAAAUAACACUCCAGAGUUUUAUUUUUGAAUGUCUUUGUCCUUUAAAUGGUCAUUAUGUAAAUGUUACAACUAUUUUAUUUUUCUGAUAACCCAACUUGAAAAUUCUGGAUGUUGAGCUUGAAUUUGUUCAAAAAGAGAAAAAUAAACAUGAAGUGUUCUUAA